CUUCACUUACCACGCCCACGACGUCGACGCGUACGCGAUCCCCAUCAGCCACGAGCUCCACUUCCGCCAGGAAUUGCAUCAUUCGACUUGGUGCAGGUGCAGCAGCUUCAUCCACCCAACUAGACGCGGCGAACAGCCCAGACGGGCAACAUGCCGCGAAAGAGCAGGAGCGGCGUGAAUGCGGAGGAGCCUUCGAUAGUUGACGUCUCGACACACGAAGACACGGAGAUGCAGGAUCAGGACCAGGACGACAAGAUGAACGGCUUCAAGAAGUUCGGGUACAAUCAAGACACUCCCGACUACACAGACACAGACACAACGCCAAACACACGCGCAACCAGCGUAACAGGCGACGCGCCAACAGACGGUCGCAAGAAACGCGCCGCUGAGAUGAACAUGCGCAAGAGCAUGUUUGGCAAGAAGCAUGACCGCCUGGGCGCGUCAAAGGAAGACGACACAAUUCGACGCUUUCGCUACCUGCUUGGCCUGACAGACCUGUUCCGCCAUUUCAUCGACACGAACCCCAACCCGCACAUCAAAGAGAUCCUCGCCGAGAUCGACCGUCAAGACGUUGAAGAGGUCAAGAAGAGCAAGGCCAGCAAGGUGCGCAAAGGUGGCGCGGCUGCGGAGCGUCGCCGCAAGACAGAGCAGGAGGAGGACGCUGAGCUGGUGCGCGAGGAAAAACACGGCGGCCACAAUGAGACGGUCUUCCGGGAGUCGCCAGGCUUCAUCGCUGGAGGAACCAUGCGCGACUACCAGGUUGCUGGUCUCAACUGGCUCAUCUCCCUCCACGAGAACGGUAUCUCGGGUAUCCUGGCCGACGAAAUGGGUCUCGGAAAGACGUUGCAGACCAUCUCCUUCAUCGGCUACCUCCGCUUCAUCGGUGGCAUCACCGGCCCUCAUCUGGUCGCUGUGCCCAAAUCUACUCUAGACAACUGGAAGCGCGAGUUUGGGAAGUGGUGUCCAGACAUCGAUGUGUUUGUGCUGCAGGGAAACAAGGACGAACGUGCCCAGCUGAUCCAGGAUCGACUGGUCAAUGAGAACUUCGAUGUCUGCAUCACUAGUUACGAGAUGAUUCUGCGCGAGAAGUCGCAUCUCAAGAAAUUCGCCUGGGAAUACAUCAUCAUUGAUGAAGCACAUCGCAUCAAGAACGAGGAGUCUUCGCUCGCACAGAUGGUUCGCUCAUUCAACUCGCGAAACCGAUUGCUCAUCACAGGUACUCCGCUUCAAAACAACCUGCACGAACUUUGGGCGCUUCUCAACUUUCUAUUGCCGGAUGUUUUCGGUGACGCUGCCGCCUUCGAUGAUUGGUUCUCUCAGCAGGAGGGAGACUCUGACACGGUUGUCCAGCAGCUUCACAAGGUUCUGCGACCCUUCUUACUCCGACGUGUCAAGGCCGAUGUUGAGAAGUCGCUGCUGCCUAAGAAGGAGGUCAACUUGUACGUUGGCAUGUCCGACAUGCAAGUCCAAUGGUACAAAAAGAUUCUCGAAAAGGACAUCGAUGCGGUCAAUGGUGGCGCUGGCAACAAGGAGUCCAAGACCCGUCUGCUCAACAUCGUCAUGCAACUACGCAAGUGCUGUAACCAUCCGUAUCUUUUCGAAGGCGCCGAACCUGGUCCACCAUAUACUACCGACGAACACUUGGUCAACAAUGCGGCCAAGAUGGUCAUUCUAGACAAGCUACUAAAGCGCAUGAAGGGCCAAGGCAGCAGAGUCCUUAUUUUCUCGCAGAUGAGUCGUGUGCUGGACAUCAUGGAAGAUUAUUCUGUCAUGCGAGGCUACCAGUACUGCCGUAUCGACGGUUCUACUGCUCACGAGGACCGUAUCGCAGCCAUUGACGAUUACAACAAGGAAGGCUCAGAGAAGUUUCUGUUCUUGUUGACUACUCGUGCUGGUGGCUUGGGUAUCAAUUUGACCACUGCAGACAUUGUCGUCCUCUUCGACAGCGACUGGAAUCCGCAAGCAGAUCUUCAAGCCAUGGACCGUGCCCAUCGUAUUGGCCAAACCAAGCAGGUCUAUGUUUUCCGGUUUGUGACAGAGAACGCCAUUGAAGAGAAGGUGUUGGAGCGUGCCGCUCAGAAGCUGCGUCUCGACCAGCUGGUCAUUCAGCAGGGUCGCGCGCAGCAGCCCGUUAAGAAUGCCGCCUCCAAGGACGAGCUCCUGACCAUGAUUCAACAUGGCGCCGACAAGUUAUUUAACACUAAGGAUGCGGUCACGGGUGAGAAAAAUGCCGAUGACGAGGAUUUCGAUGCAAUCAUGAAGCGCGGCGAACAAUUGACGCAGAAACUCAAUUCCAAGUACGAAACACUGGGUCUUGAUGAUUUGCAGAAGUUUACUUCAGACUCUACGUACGAGUGGAAUGGCGAGACGUUCCAGCCGCGUAAGAAAGACGUUGGUCUGAAUUGGAUUAACCCAGCGAAGCGUGAACGCAAAGAACAGAACUACGGCAUCGACUCGUACUACCGAAAGGCUCUGACAACUGGCGGGCGGACCGAGAACAAGGGGCCCAGGAUUCCUCGAGCACCGAAGCAGAUCUUGAUACACGACUACCAGUUCUUCCCGGAGAGACUGUCUGAGCUUCAAGACAAGGAGACAGCCUGGUACCGCAAAGAAAACGACCUCAAGGCUCCUCUUCCUGACGGCCCUGACGAGGAUCUCGAGACGCGCGAGGCUGACCAGGAGCUUGCGCAGAAGGAGAUCGACAAUGCCGAGCCACUGACAGACGAGGAGAAAGCAGAAAAGGAACGAUUACUCGAGAAGGGUUUCCCUGAAUGGUCAAAGCGCGACUUCCAAGCCUUCUUGCGCGGCUCUGGUAAGUACGGCCGAACAAACUACGAGGCCAUCGCAGAAGAAGUCGGGGAGAAGACGACCGAAGAGAUUGCAGAUUACGCAAAGGUCUUCUGGAAGAAGUACAAGACGCUCGACAACUGGCAGAAGCACAUUGGUGUCAUCGAGGAGGGAGAGCUUGAAGUACGCCAAUUCGAGCAGAAGAAGACACUGCUUGCUAAGAAGAUCGGCAUGUACCGCAUGCCCCUGCAGCAGAUGAAGGUCGAGUACACGGUCUCGACAACCAACAAAAAGGUCUACACCGAAGAAGAGGAUCGCUUCCUGCUCGUCAUGCUCAAUAAGCAUGGCGUUGAGGGCGAUACUAUCUAUGACAAGAUCCGCGAGGAAAUCCGCGAGUCGCCGCUCUUCCGCUUUGACUGGUUCUUCCUGAGCCGCACACCACAGGAGAUUGGCCGCCGCUGCAAAACGCUCAUCCAGGCUGUUGUGCGUGAGUUGGGUGGCGAUUUGAAGAACGGCAAGGGCGGGAAGCGAGCCUUUGACGAGGAGGAGACGGAGGAAGAAGAGGAGGAGGAGCCGGUCAAGAAGAAGGCUAAGAACGGCGUCAAGAACAAGCAGCUAGAUACCGUCAAGGGCAAGGCUUCUCCUGCGCCCUCCCGAGCUAGCAGCAUCGUAUCGAAUGGGUCUGCGACGAAGACGAAGGGCAAGGGCAAGAAGAAAUAGAGGGUAGCAUGUGUUUGUGGCAUGAUAUGGUGUUUUGGCGUACAUGAGAGAUGGAAAGCGGACUGCUUUGGUGCUGAUGCAUGUUCAACUAUUCCGUUGAGCGCUUCUCGAUGGAUGAUGUUUUGGCUCUUGAAUUAUCGUGUGUGAUAGCGUGUUAGACUUGUAAUUAUUUAGAGCAUGAAAACAUGCUUUC